CGCGAGGAGAACCAAGGAGGUGAACCAAAAACAGUCCUGGACUGAGCACAGUUAUUUAGCGAAGUUAAACCUCGGAAACACUGUGAAUGUUUUAAUUUUAAAAUGCUGAGCGGCGUUUUUUUAAAACAUUCAGCCGAAGUAAAAUGUCGGUGAGUGCAUCGUGUGAGUCGGUCUCUCGGGAGAGGACUGUGUCGAGCCUCCUCGCUAGUCGUGUGGUGAAGAGGCCGAGGCAGGAAGAUGCUGAGCGGCUGCAGGAGGCAGCGAUCCAGCUGUUGGAGCAGCAGCAGAACCUCAGCAGUCUGUUCAGGGAGGUCCAAAAUCCAGAUCCGUGCAACAUUGUCUGCUCUCAGAAACCAGCAGUGCCUGAAACGAUCUCAUCUGCCAUUACAGGGUCACUGCUGGUGUGUGAGCUGAGGCGCCAGGCCAGGCAGCUGGGCGUCCCGGUGGCCGUGCUGUCAGUGAAGAUGAUACUUGAGAGACUGAUGGAGAUCACUGGAACUGAAGAGGAGGAGCAGGAGGACGAGAAGAGAGAGCUGCUCACCUCCUCUCAGAGAGUCCAGCUGUGUGUCCUGCUGGAGUCCAGCCAAAACCUGCUGUCAGAGGGAGCCCUCUGCCCGAAACUGCUCUGGCAUGAGUACAGGAGAGAGCAGAGGCUACCCAGGCUGGAGGUGGUGUACCAUCUUCACCUCUACAGCAUCCUCACUCUGAAGCACAUUUUAGAGAGUGAUGAAGACCUGAGGGUUUGGUUGGUGUCCCAGUUGAAGGCUCUGAGCAGCUGGACUCCUCCUCGGGGAGAAGAUGAGACCAAACAAGUUCAGCAGAAAGUGUUGUCAAUGGUCGUCGGAGUCUUGGUGGGAUCUGGUUUUGAGCAGAGUCGUGAAGCAGCAGCUCCGGACAGGAGGAUCUCCCUGCUCUGCUGCGCAGUACUUGAUGAAAUGCUCUUCUGGCUUCUGGACACUGUGGACAAGACUCUGACAUUACAGUCUGCUGGAGCAGGAGCUGAGCUUUGGAUUCAAAUAUUUGAUGCAUCAUUAUGUGGAGUUUCAGCAUCAGCAGAAGCCCUUCAGCGUUUCUUCACACACUCCCUCACACAGACGCUCACCUACAAGCCUCGACUGACAGUAUCAGAUGCCAUUACUCUGCAGAACGAGUGGACCUUUGCAAAAGCCAGCCGGUUGUUGACCUCUCUUUUCCGUAAGCUGGCUGUGAUCUUCAGUGUGGAGCUGCUGCUGCGUCACCUGCAGCAGGUUUUGGAAACCCACGAGGUGAACUGGAAACACGUCCUGUGCUUCCUGUCCACUCUGCUGGUUUACAACCCCUGUGCUCAGUCCAGCCUCAGAGACCUCCUGUCCAGACUGCUGACCUCUGCAUUUGAAGGUUACGACUUGGAGAACAUGAUAACCGCCUUUUUGUUGGCUCGACAGGCGGCGCUGGAGGGAACCGCCAUCUUCUCCUCCUACAGCGACUGGUUCAAGAUGUCCUUUGGUGGUGGCAGUGGCUAUCAUGCAACAAGUAAGAAGUCUCUGGUGUUCCUGCUCAAGUUCCUCUCUGACCUGGUUCCUUUUGAACCCCCACAGUACCUCAAGGUUCAUAUCCUCCACCCUCCAUAUAUACCUGUGAAACAUCGCAACCUCCUGAUGGAGUACAUCUCUCUGGCCAAGACCAGGCUGGCCGACCUCAAGGAGUCAGUGGAGGACAUGGGUUUAUAUGAAGAUAUUUCUGGUGCAGAAGCCAAACCGCAGUGCCAGGCUGCUCAGGAUGUGGAGAAGGCAGUGUCUCUGUUUGAGAGCACAGGAAGAAUCUCUGCCACAGUCAUGGAGGCCAGUAUUUUCCGGAGGCCGUAUUUCCUGACCCGGUUUCUUCCUGCUCUGCUGACGCCGAGAGUGCUUCCUGUGAAAGCUGAUGCUCGGAUGAAUUUCAUAGAAGCUUUGAAAAAAGCAGACAAGAUCCCUGCUGCCCAGUAUUCAUCUUAUGAGGAGUCCUGUCAGAGACAGAGACAGCAGGACAGGAGUUCUGUAUGUUUGGACACUGGUGAUGAUCCUCUGGAGGUCCUGAAAGUCCAGCUGCAGGACUUCACACAGCUGGCUGUCGAUGGAAAUGAUGGAGACAAUGUCAUCAACAUGAUCCUGAGAAACUUCUGCCAGUGCAUGUUAGAUGCUUCCCGAGCAAACCCUCCUAAUAAACAAAGCCCAUGGGCCUCCAGAUUUGUCACUGUGCUGCUCGGUAACAUACAGCUGCUCUCCAGCCUCAUACACAGACUCUGGGACCUAUUUCAUAACCAGGGGUCGUCUCUGAGUGCCGCCCACGUACUCGGUCUGGCAGCGUUUGCGGUCCACCUCAAUGCCUCCAUGUGUGAGAGUCCUCUGAUUCAACUGGUGCCCCCCAUCCUGCCCAAACCAGUACCUGUUGGAGAAGCUCUCAGCUCAGCGCUGGUCUGCAGCACACACACUAACAUGCUCUUCUCUGUUAGGUUGUGUGUGUCAGCUGUGUGUUAUGGGAUCUGCAGAGGGGACUCACUGCCUCAACCAGAGCAGCAGGACUACAUCCUUAGCAGCCUCUAUAAGAAGCUUCUGUACCUCAUCCCACGACUGUUGCCUGAAGCCAGGAGGACUCCUCUCACUGCUGAUGGUCCAGUGGAGAAGAACCUUCCUGAGCUGUGGAGCAGUGCCACAGACACCAACAGCACCUGGAGGAAGACUGCCUGGUGUCUGUGGAGACACGCCGCUUUCCACCAGCUACAACACACACCACAGUAUCAGUUGUCAUUCUCAGAGUGGCUGGCUACUGAGCUCAGAGUCCAGAGAGGUGAAGACGCCCUGUCUGAUCCAGAACGUCAGGAGUACCAGCAGUGGGCGUGCCUGGAGCUUUACUGGUCUCGUCCAGAGCAGCAGGGAGGCUGUGGAGGAGACAUGAAGAGCCUCUGUUCUCAUCUCCUCAGUGUCAUCAUGGACCAGCAGUUAAGUGAGCAGAGCCUGGACAAGUUACAUCACCGAGUGUCAGACACAGGGACCUGUCUGCCAGACAUCCUGUCCAGACUACAGGAGCUUGUCUAUGAGAUGGAAGUGAGCGACCUCUGUGGCAGAGCUGAGCUGUGUGACUUCCUGUUUGAGUUUAUGUCUCAGAGAUGCUCCUCUGCAGUGAGCUCAGUCUCACCUGGUGUAAGCUCCGAGCUCAGCCUGCAACACACACUGAGCGUGUGGAACAGAGUACUGCUGGCUCUCCCAGCAGUGCUGUUCGUUAAGGUAAAGACUGAGGGAGGGAGGACGACUCUGGACUGUAACAAGCUGAUAGAACAUGUUAACCAGCAUCAGAGGAAGGUGUGCUCUCCAGCCGGCCUGAUGUCCUGCCAUGUGACGGCACACUUCCUGAGAGGUGUGUUAUAUGCCAGUGUACGCUGCAGAUGUCCCAGAGAAGAAGUCAACAAAGCCUGGUCUCAGAUCAGUCUGCACUGUCCUCUGCUGCUGACCUCCACAGUGCACUGGUGGGAGUGUCUGUUUCCAGUGCUGGUGUCACUCUGGAGUCGACUGUGUGGUGGAGAGCCUCUGUCAGAGCAGAUGCAGCUCCUCUCUGACUGUCAGCACUGGGCCCACAGUCCAUCAUCACUGCCACUGCCUCCAGCUCCAGCUCUGUUGUUGGCCUCCAGUCUGCACUGUGCCUGCAGAAGUCAUGGGGGGGGCAGCCAGGGCCUCAGUGCUGCCCUGAAUGCGCUGCAGCCAGAGAGGGGCACACAGUACAGACAGGUGCUGGUUUUUCUGCUCUUCCUGUCUGUAAAUGACUGUCUGUCAGCGCUCCUGUAUCCUCAGGAGAGAAACAAUCAAAAAGCCUGGAGUUUAUGCUCAGAGCUUCUGUCUGUGGUGGUGGACUCUGCUGACUGGCUGCUCAUCUUUAAAUCUAAUGAACAAAGUGUUUAUCAGUCUGUUACCAUGGUGACAUCAGAUGAGUUCACUCGACUGAUGCCCUGGGCUUUCUACAGCCUGCUGCUCCAGCAGAGUCCUGACCUGCUGCAGAGAGCUGUGCGAUGUCCAGGGUUCCUUCACACUGCCGUCCUCUGCUACAUCAGUCUGCUGCAGCUGUUCCUGGAGGGACACACACCUACAUCCACCGCUGAACCCUCUGAAAAACAGUUGGAGCCUUCCCAGAUUCUGAGCGAUGCCAAACAGUUUCUUCUGAGAGUGAUCUCACAGACGUCUCCCACUGCUCUGUCCUCCAGCCAACGCAGACAGUUGGAGUCCCAGUGUGCAGACCUUGACCCAGAGGUGGCAGCAGCUCUGUCUGUGCACCUCGGCCCUCAGAGUCUCAGCCCAGAGAUGGACUUCCUCUGAGCAGCUGAGGAGAAACUGGCUAAAGACACUGUCCCCUCCCCUCAGCUUCAACAGUAACUGACUGUACAGUAUGUUCUCUGUUUGUUCUAAUGUAACUUUGCAUUUAACAGAAACAUGUUCCUUUCUAAUAUUUAUUAAAGAACACUUCAUUGUUCACAUUCCA